AUGGCCUCUAUGUGUCUCCAGCUCCUUGCUUUCGCCCUGGCCUUCUGUGGGGUCUCUGGAGUGCUGGCUGCCACCCUGCUGCCCAACUGGAUGGUGAACCUGGACACGGGCUCCAACGUCAUCACGGCCAUCGUGCAGCUGCAGGGGCUGUGGAUGGACUGCACGUGCUACAGCACCGGCAUGUUCAGCUGCACCCUCAAGUUCUCCGUUCUGGCCCUCCCCACCCACGUGCAGGCCGCGCGGGCCACCAUGGUCCUGGCCUGUGUCCUGGCCGCUUCGGGGAUCUGCACUGCCACGGUGGGGAUGCAAUGCAUUCGCUUAGGAGGGGACGGAGAGAGCAAGAGCCACGCUGCCUUUGCUGGAGGCCUCUGCCUCAUGACCGCGGGCAUCUCGGGCUUAAUACCCACGGUGUGGUACACGAAGGAGAUCAUCGCCAACUUUCUGGACCUGACAGUUCCAGAGAGCAACAAGCAUGAGCCGGGAGGAGCCGUCUACAUCGGAUUCAUUGCCGCCUUGCUGCUGUUGGUCUCUGGCACCAUUUUCUGCACGUUCUGCCUGAAAAAGGACCCAGAGGCGUGGCUCCCGCCACCCAAGCAGCAGCGCCCCCCCGCCGCCAAGCCGGAGGGCAGCUCAGCUUACAACCUGAAGGACUACGUGUAG